UCCGGUUCCGGUCGAGGCGGCCGCUAUGGCACUGCUGGCGGCCAACCCCGGUAACCCGGUGGUGUUCUUCGAUGUCACCAUCGGCGGGCAGGAGGUUGGCCGCAUGAAGAUCGAGCUGUUCGCGGAUGUGGUACCCAAAACCGCGGAGAACUUCAGGCAAUUUUGUACAGGUGAAUUCAGGAAAGAUGGUGUCCCUAUAGGUUAUAAAGGAAGCACUUUCCACAGGGUAAUAAAGGAUUUCAUGAUUCAAGGAGGGGACUUUGUAAACGGAGACGGCACUGGUGUAGCUAGUAUAUACAGGGGUCCCUUUGCAGAUGAAAACUUCAAGCUGAAACAUUCUGCUCCUGGGCUGCUCUCUAUGGCAAACAGUGGUCCCAGUACCAACGGCUGCCAGUUUUUCAUUACAUGCUCCAAAUGUGACUGGUUGGAUGGGAAACACGUUGUGUUUGGUAAAAUUGUUGAUGGGCUGUUGGUCAUGAGAAAAAUUGAGAACGUGCCUACAGGUCCUAAUAACAAACCCAAGCUGCCAGUUGUGAUCUCUCAGUGUGGGGAGAUGUAACAGCAAUGAAACAGAAACAUGUGUUCCAUCCAUCGCUGGUGGUUAGGCCUGUGCUGGCUGCGUGCAGUUCCAACUCCAGCCUGUUCCCCACUGCCCCAGUCCUCCCUGCAGCCCAGGUCCAAGCUCUUGACUCGUGACAUUCUCCUGAAAUUAUUUAGUAAUUGGCAUCUCUUUUGGGUUUUUACAUUUUGAAGUGUAAAUAAAAGAGUUUUGUUAAAUA